AUGACCUCCGAUAAACAAACACACGGCCAUCUCGCCAAACCCUUCACGCCGACUCUCUCGGCGGCCUUUACUCGCACAAGCAAAGCACCUUUGACGCCAAAACUAGCGAGUCCGGCCUCGGGAUACUCCGUUCCUCGUCGUCUCGCCCCUCCCGAUCACCACCCCUAUUCCACCCCCACCAAAGACGAGAUCAAUUCCGCUUCUACAACCACUACACAUGCUACUCCCUCCUACCUGAGCGCAAAUGUCACCCCUCGCUCAGGGGCCCGCACCACUCGUCGCGAUGCAGCGUUCCCUUCGCCAACGCACUCCGUCGCCGGACAAUCAUCCCCAGCUACAUACUCGCAAAUUCCGGUCGGCGUCGGUAUCAAUGGCGUGCGGCGGACAGAGCGAAGUCCCGCCCGCGCCCUCAAGCCCUCUGAGUCUUCGCGGAGCUUGAGGGGGAAAGCCUCAGGACUUGAAGGGCAACAGACACCACGCGUGCCACCAUCUACCGACCCUCCUUCAAAUUCACCAAUGUUCUUCCACGCGUCCGCGGUGCGGUCGACUGCUGCCUUGGAGACAGAGGUACCAUCUCGUCCGAAGCAAGGCAGAUCUUCCCCAGCGUCGAGUUUUGUAUAUGCGAACGGUGAUCAAGAAAGACACGACGACGCUUCCGAUGAUGUACACUCAACUGUCAGUAGCCUCAGACGUCGAUCGGGAGGCUUUGCCCGCGCUGGCUUACCACCGCGGACGGGGCCCUCAGCUUCUGCACGCCUUCGCUCGCCACGAAUCUCGGACGCUACUUCUCACCCGCCAGAGGAUGGAGUCUCACGUUGUGCGCCAUCGCCGGAUCUUGGUGCAGUCGAGAGUGUGAUACAGAGAUUCGGGCCCUCCGCAAGUCAGCCUGUCGAGCGCCCGCAGCUACUUCCGCUUCGACAACACCGAAAGUCAUCCAGUGUUGACUCUUCGAGCCAAGUUUCCGUUCCACCUGAGGGGCUCCGAGCUAGCCCUGUGAUAGUUUCGACGACAUUACAUACAGACGGAGUUCCGCCCGCUAUUUCCGAACACAUGCCUACGCUGCGGCCUCGGGUAUUUAGCAAUGGCUCCUCUGUGACCACAAGCCCUUUGCCCAUGAGCCCAGGUAAACCUGAUACCUCUCGCGAUCCCGCUUCCAAUGCGCGAACCGAACGGAAGAUCAUGGAUCUUGAAAUCAGCAACUCCUCUUUGCUGGCCAUCAAUCGGACACUCGAGCGAGAGAUGCGGAAGCACACGGCGGAACUGCGAAGAUAUCGUCGACUCAGCCGCUCGGGUCGUCUUUCCAUGGCACCAUCUACACGAUCCUUCUCUGGUGUGGCCCUAUCUGCAACGAGUGAAAUGGACGAGGAAGACAGAGAGCUAUCUCUCGCUCGCUCUCAAGAUGACAUGUCGGAUCUGAGUGAUGAAGACUCUGUGCUAGAUGAGGGGGUUCUGAGUCCCGAUUCUCUUGCUGAACAUGACGCCAAACACCGGGCGGACGACGAGAAAAAGUUCAUGCUUGAUCUCGCACGGCACCAGGAGCUUCUGGUUGAUAGCCAAAAGCUCAAUCAAAGCAUAAAGCGAUGUCUGGGCUGGACGGAGGAGCUCAUCAAGGAAGGCCGAAAGGCGUUGGAAUAUAGCGUUCGAGUCCAGGAUGUGGAGCUGGGUGGUCGAGUCUUGUCACCGGAGGAAGUUGGCGACACGAGCGAAAGCCGGCGGGGUCUCCUAAGCCCUUCUACGGACUUUUCUACAAUAUUCACCCGCGACUCUUCAACGCCCGAUAAUGCCUACUUUGAUGCCCCGGAUCUUCCGUUACCAUCGUCCCCUGGUGGGAGUGAACCUUCUGGAGAUUGA